AUGGGCAACGAAGACAUCAGCCGCAAGGACGUUUCGAGUCAGAAGGACGGGGCCGAUGACGAGAGCAACCCGUUCGUCGCCUUCCGGCGCUACGCCGAUGAGCAGGUCUCCACCAUGCUUCAAUCUAUCACAGGCCUCCCUUCGAUGGUGACACAGCCUCACAACGGCCACUGGGAUAUAUUUGCGGAUAAUCACAGCUACCAGAAUCAGAUGGCUUGUCAAAGAACCCAUGAUAAUACAGACAACAACAGCUAUCCAACAGACCGAGACAGUGGAAGUGGUUAUCCGGGCAACAGAGAUGGAGACGAUCCACGCAACUACAACUACGGAAAGCAUUCCCGACCACGCUGGCCUGAGAACGAUGAUUCGUGGAGAAAGUGGUAUAAUGGACCAUCCGACUUCUUUGGCCUCGAUUCCUUCUUCGACCGGUUCUUCGAGGACCGCUUCUUCCCUUUCGCAUCGCAACUCCUCCACUCCGGCCAGAACCUUCUCCUCCGCGAUAUGUUCGAGGACACCGACUCACCAAACUGGCCGAUCGGUUAUAUCCUGUUCAGCCCAUACUCGCCUCUCCAUCUAGAACGCCAAGCGCAAUACCAAGCGCAUCGUGAAAAGGGAGUUUUCUCAUCUCUCAUGUCAUCUUUGCAUCUCAACUCCGACCGUGAUCCUUCCGAACCGCAGUGGCGAGAAGCCUUCGAGGAUUUACUUCGACUCGAGAACGAUAAGCCGAUGCUCGAUCGUAAUGCCGUCACGAGAUCUGAGUCCGGAAAGGAUUGGCUACAAGGGCUUGUGAAAAGAGGCAGCUUGGGAGAUAAGUGGAAGUAUGUGUCUGGCAGAGAUGGCCAGUCUUGGUCGGGCGUUACCUUCUCUGGCCGUGCAGACCCAGAGCAGGACCGGUCUCAGUCUCGGCCUCUAUCUGAGAAAGAGAAAGAAUCUGCAAAUACAAAGGAGCCUGAUAACGAGCUGGAUCUAUAUGAGCGCUUCUUGGAUGAUAUCGAAAAUCGCGAACGUGAAUUCUUCAGCGGUGUCUCGGAAAGCCCUCUUCUGCGUCUCCUUCUCGAGGAUAGACGGCAGCAACAGGAAGAACUUGAGGAAUACAGACGUAGCCCUCCAAAUGUGAAGGAUGAGCACAGCAAUGACGACAAUGAGAAUUGGAUCGAUCUCGUGUCUGGCGGAAACAAGAAAUCUGUUCCUGAAACACCUAGGGAUUUACCGACCGAGAUCGAGACUAAGCCAACUGCAGCUGUAUCAGAACCAGCGCAGCCUCGUGUCGUCUCCACUAUGACUCGAACGGAACGUGUGCGGCUUCCCGAUGGCUCGGUUGAGAGCAAGAUCUUCAACACGAGGCGUUUCGCAGAUGGCCGAGAGGAAAGUGAAGAGUCUGUUGAGGUGUCUCAUCCCCAGAAAGGUUUGGAUUCCAAACCUGAGUCCGACACGUCGAAGAACGGUUGGUUCUGGAAAGACUAG